AUGCCAGGCGCACCAUCACCGGCAAACUCCCUGCUUCUGCAAAUACACCGCACAUUGCAGCUUGCUCAUUCAGCUUACAGACAUCAAACCAGGCGCAUUUCGACUGCAAACCUCGUUCUAUUGAGAAUCCAGAGAACAAUCACGAAUCGAACAGGCUCAGAUUGGAAGGCUGCGACCAGGCCACUGCCUCAGAAACACCACCCCCUUUGCACUCAUCACGCAACCGAGAGAGCAACCGUCCGAUUCUUUAGAACCACCGCAACUAUGGCCAGCGACGAGUCAUAUAUGGACUUUCUGAACAAGGCGAACGAGGAUCCGUCUGCAUGCAAGGCAAACAGUUCAGAGACUACGAGCAGCAGUGACUUUAGGAGCACCGAGUCUGGGAUCGAGACGCCGGCUGUGCUAGUCAAGGCUACAAAGGAUGCGUUCUACAUGAGCGAGGCAGACGAGCCGUUUGUACCGGUGGCACUGGGCUGGGAGAAGGGACUGCCAAACGAAGAGGAAUUCGCCAAGUUGAUACAUCACUGGGACGCCGCCAAUGCCCAGGUGGAGAUUAUGGACCUGGCAGAUUGGGACGUACAGGGGCAGUACAAUGAUCUUCUGGAGGCGGUAAGGGAGGCAGGCAAGGGCAACGAUGUCAGGGUGUACCGAGUGCCGGGGAAGAAGUCGUCGCGGGUCGAGUAUUGGCUUGUCACGACGACGGGGGACAAACUGGUUGGUGUCAAGGCGCUUUCGAUUGAAAGCUAG